UAGUAGACGCUUCUCCGUUUUCAUUUUUCAAAGCUUUGGUUGUUGCUGUCAAGAUUUAAUAACUGGACCAAGUGUGAUAAUACCAUUCUUAUACCUUUCUAGACCCAUUUUGAGCAAAAACACAUAUUCUGAACCUUCAAUACAAUCGCCUUUGAACUGCAUGUUGCCACGUCGUCGACCAGUGAAGCGAAACGUUCCGUACCGUACUACACCACCAGCAACGCCUGCAGCUCCGGCGCCGUCUCUGCUCGCUCUCUGUUACUGUAUCUUGACUGUAAGGCCUUGACCUGAGUGACGUGAGCUGAGUAGAUCUUGAGGCUGAGGUAAUAAGGAUCAUUUCACUUUCAGCUGGGAGACGUGGUCUUGAAUAAUAUCUGCCAAGAUGAGUUUAGCAGCGGCCGGAUUCUACGGGCUCUGCUCAGGGUCCAUGUCAUUCAUCAACAAAUUGGCCAUGAACACCUACGGGUUCAACUACCCUGAGAUCAUCAUGCUUGCUCAAAUGAGCGUUACUGUGGCAGCCUUGAAACUCAUUCACCUCCUAGGAAAGACGGAUCUACCAAACUAUACCCGGGAUAACGCUCGGCUUUGUUUCUUGCCCUCGCUCUUUUACGUCCUGAACUCGACCUUUGCUCUGAGCGCACUCAGCGGGAUGAAUAUUCCGAUGUACAAUGUUUUGAAGAGAACGGGGCCAUUGUUUUACGUCUUCUUGGCUGUGUGUAUUCUGAAGAAAGGCUGGCCAUCGGCUUCUAUCAUUGGAGCUGUCAGUUUAACAUCAGCUGGGUGCGUCGUUGCUGGCCUUGGUGAUAUAUCAUUUGAUCCCAAAGCAUACCUGUUUGGGAUCUGCAGUAUAUUCCUGCAAGGGAUCUACCUAACUCUGGUCCAACGACUCGGCCUCAAAGACGAGAUGUCGACCAACGGCAUCCUCUACAUCAACAGCCUCAACUGUCUCCCGUUCCUCAUCAUUUAUUCUCUCCUCACAUCCGAGUUCAAGGAGUGCAUCCUGUUCUUUCACUCGGCAACCCUUCAAGUUUAUCUCAUCCUCAUAUUCGUCGUGACGGCAGGCUGCGUCCUCAACUACUCUCAAUUCCUCUGCACCACGAUGAACUCCGCGCUGACGACGAGCAUCGUGGGUGUCGUCAAGAGUGUCGUGACGACGAUCGUCGGCAUCUUCGCGUUCGGGGGCGUGACGUUGACGACGAACAUGGUGCUGGGUAUAUCCAUGAACAUCGUCGGGGCUUUCUGGUAUACGUUUGCCAAGUACAGGGAGAGUCUGGUCAAGCACAUCAAGCGAAUCGGAUCCGCCAUCUCCAUGAGUGAAAUGGGCGAGGUUCCUACAACUGCAACUGAGCAAAAGCGCAUGCAUCGGAUGUCAAACGGUCACCCACCUUCUUCAUGACUUCGGUCAGUUCUCGUAAACUUAUGCCUUUACAUAGAUUUAUUUUCAUAAAAAGUAUAGAACUUGUGACUCGGCAUCAACGGUUACAUGUCUGAGGCCAGGUCACUUGUUUUGAA